UUCUUAAAUUAGACGAUUUGGAUGGGUUGUGUGUUUGUAACGUAAAAUAAUUUAAUAAAUAUUAAGUCCAUCAGUAAAACUUCGACGCCCCCGGGUGGGCUCGAACCACCAACCUUUCGGUUAACAGCCGAACGCGCUAGCCGAUUGCGCCACGGAGGCGAUGGUGGCUAGCUGACACAAUGCAGAUCUCAUUCAUUCAUAGCGUGUCUAUCUGUCUGUAAAUCACGGGCACAUUUAAACUCUGUAAUCUACAAGACCAGGGGGCACACAUAACCAUGCGGAAUGCUUGCCGUUCCAAGCAAAGAUCAUCCAUGCGGCCAAAUGGUACCACGUCCAAAAGAGUAUCGCCGGCGCCAAAACCUCAAUGAAAUGACUUUAGGUUAGAGUCUAGGCCGUUCCAAACUUUGAGAUUUAGUUAAGGAUAUAAAAUGGUGAAAGUAUGGUGAUUAUUGUGCUGGAGAAGAACGAAACUGCAUUGAACUAUAGAUAGCAAAAAAGUUGUUAAAAAUGGUUGACGUACCCCAACACGCGACAUUGCAAGAUGUGGCACGUGACACGAACUUCAUCAAAUUUUAUGGAAAUCUUCCCUCGAAACCGGCGACAACGAUUCGGUUGUUUCAACGCAAGAACUAUUACACCGUGCACGACGAUGAUGCAUCGUUGGCUUCUGCCCAACUGCUGAAAGUAUCUAUUGUGCAAAUACAAGGGAUUCCAUCGGCUUGGAUCAGCCAAAAAAAUUACGAGAAAUUCCUUCGAUUCCUGUUACUGGCUAAAGCCUAUCGAGUUGAAGUCUAUUCGCUGGAUGCUGCUAGCGGCUCAUGGCAAGUUUCGUUAAACGCCUCCCCCGGGAAUCUCGUGGAAGUUGAAGAUGUGCUAUUUUCGUGUGAUUCAAAUGAAGAUGUCAAUACACAUUGCAGCGGCAUUGCUGCUCUUCACGUCACAAAUAGAGGACAACAAGUCGUGGUCGGACUGGCCUAUUGCGAGCCCAUUCUUCAGAGCCUUCGCGUGGCACAGCUGAUCGAUGACAUGACUCUGACAAAACUUCAGGUGUUACUCGUCCAGAUUAGUCCGAAAGAGAUGUUAAUACCGACCAAAACUGAGUCAUUUCCUAGGGUGACCCAGUUGCUUAAGCGCAAUAACAUAGCUUAUCAUGAGCUGGGUCACGAGCACUUCAAUGACAAAAAUCUGGAACAAGAUAUCGAAAAAAUCUACAAGUUCGCAAGGAAGCAAGCUAAAAACAUCAGAAUCUUGCCGGAGCUGAAGGUGGAACCUGCAAGACGGCCUUUAGCAGCUCUUUUGAAUUAUCUGAAUUUGGCGUCGACACCUACCUCAUUCGGCCAAUUCACUAUACAUGAACUACGACCUGAUCAGAUCAUGCGUAUCGAUUCAGCAGCUGUAGAAGCCCUCAAUCUGCUUCCGGUUGGUGACAUGGCAAAGCAGGACACGAUAUAUGGCCUUCUCUGUGAGGCUCGUACUCCGGGCGGUCAGAGAACGCUUGCCGAAUGGAUGAAACAGCCACUGCUCGAUAAGGCCAAAAUUGAGGAAAGGCUCGAUAUGGUCGAAUGCUUCGUCCGGGAUAAUAGCAUUCGAUCUACCUUGCAUGGCGACCUGCUUCGAAGGUUCCCUGAUCUCAGUUAUAUGGCAAAACGGCUCCACAUGAAAAAAAUUCGUCUCGCGGAUCUCUAUAAGCUCUACACAAUCGUUCGCUCAGUACCACGCGUAGUCGAAGCACUCGGGGAGACAAACUGCGGCAGUCUUGAGGAUGCCGUCGUCAAGAGGCUGAAGGUGUCUGUUGAAGAUUUCGAAAAAUUUAUCGAAAUGAUAGAACAGGUCAUUGAUGUGGAAAGGGCCGAGGCUAAACGCGAAUACCUGGUUCAACCCUCAUUCGACGAAGCUCUACAGGAGCUCCACGAGCAAAUCGUUGGCUGUGAGGAGAGGUUACAGGAGCUGUGGGAUACAGUCGCUUGCGAAAUGCGCGUUGAGAAAGGACGCGUCCUCAAGCUGGAUCAGGGUCUGGAUGGCGGCUUCGUGUUCCGCGUAACCAAUAAGGAGGAAAAGAGAAUCCGAGAUAAUCAAUCGUUUGAUAUUAUCGACGUAAAAAAGCAGGGAAUCUCGUUUGUGAAUCGUCAGCUACGGGAGCUGAAUGGGGAUUACAUUCGGUUAAAGAAUGACUAUCGUGUCAUGCAGCAAACUCUUGUUGGAGACAUAAUUGAUGUAUCAGCUGGUUACGCUGAGCCGUUGUACCAUUUGGCAGAAGUCAUUAAUCAGCUCGACGCCGUUGUUGGUCUUUCUGUGGCCGCCGUCAAUGGAAAUUUUGUCCGCCCCAAUAUCCUAGAGUCGGAAGGCAAGGAACUGAUCCUUAAAGGAGUCCGUCAUCCACUAGUUGAGCGAAAACGAGGCAGUUUUGUGGCCAAUGACGUGCACUUCGAACGUCAGAAUAAGCACUUUCACGUUUUGACUGGACCAAAUAUGGGUGGAAAAUCGACCUAUAUGCGAUCGAUUGCCGUCUGCGUUGUAAUGGCUCAAAUGGGUUCCUUCGUGCCGUGUAAUGAGGCGACAAUAGCUAUUCGAGAUGCAGUGCUAACACGAGUUGGCGCCGGGGAUGCUAUCGUCCGCGGUGUUUCUACGUUUUUGGCGGAAAUGCUCGAAAUAGCAUUCAUUCUUCGUACAGUCACUAACGCAUCACUAGUACUUAUUGACGAGCUCGGCCGAGGAACGUCUACAUAUGAUGGACUUGGGAUCGCGUGGGCUAUUGCUUCAAAUCUAGCCCAGAGCGGUUGCAUGUCAAUUUUUGCCACACAUUUCCAUGAGCUCACGGCUUUAGAGUCCAGAGUUCAGGGCGUGGUGAAUGCCCACGUGAGUGUGCAUGUUGAAGACCAGGCACUUACCCUUCUAUACAAGGUGGCUCCUGGACCGUGCCAUCAGAGCUUUGGCAUUGAGGUUGCUGAACUGGCUGAACUUCCGGAUGACAUAAUUUCAAUGGCAAAGGCGAAACUGGCUCAAUUUAGUUCGAUGGACCACAUUGUCGAAUUGGCUAAACAGGAUCAAUUAACUAAGGACUGUGAAGAGCUGAUGAAGGAAUUCUGCAAAGAAUGUGACGCCAUUAUGGAAGACAAAUCAUUGGACUACGACCAGAAACUUAAGCGGAUCAUUGAGCAAAAAGAAGAGCUGAAAAAGCAUGCCAAUCCUAUCUUAAAAACCAUUAUUGGAUCAUAUUAAUGUUACUAGUGCAAACUAGUGGUACUGCGGUGUGACAACAUCACUGUAAAAAAUACAUUUUUUUUUUAUUAAAUCCUAUAGCUACACACGAAUCCUAUAGGUACACACGAACCAAAUAUUAUAUGUAGCCGUUUACGCUCGAUAAUUUUUCAGAUUUAGGCAUUGCUUAAAUAAUUGUAUAAUAUAUUUUUUAGCGACACUUGGAAUCGACGCCUUUUCUAUUAGCUGAUUUAGCACAAGCUAUAGCUUAUGUUAAGCCUAGAGAUACCGACUAUAUAUUGAGUUAUAUCUCUAGCCUAAACGACUAGAGGGAAAAUAGUUCAUAUAAGACCGUGCGAAAAACGGAAAAUCGAGACGUCUGCAUGCUAUUGCUGAACAAAUCUAAAAUUAUUCUGUUAUAAAUUACCACAUUCUUCAGUAAAAUGCCUUUUUCGAAGUAAUGGUGUGCCAGGACCAUCUACCGCUUUCAUGUGCUUUUCUUUCUGUGCAUGACUGAUGUUAGUGUGGGCUUUUGGGGGAAAAAGUGUGGGAAAUUUGAGGCUUUGCGCAAUAUUAUAGUAGCUAACAAAAAUAUGAUAUAUAUAUCCUGGUAAUUGUCUAGGCACAAGCAUGAAAGCGUCCUGAAACAUACUCUGUGGUACGUGUUUCUUUUACCGAAUCAGUUGUACACAUUAAAAGGUCUGGCACUGAUUAACAGCAUGAAACUGUCGUGAAAUAGUGUUAUAGGUAUAAAAAAGAUAGGCAUCAGCAAAACUUUCAUGACCGGCCAAUCGAGAUCGAUUAAAUAUUGAAUGAAAUGUCCGGAUCCGUAACAGUGGCUUUGGCUGAUUACAGGGACUACAGUUGGCAUCUUUUUUACAUAUUAAUUGCUGCUCUAGCCUGACUUUUGCAUGAUAUUUACAUAAGUACAGGUAGAACGAUGCAAGUACAAAUACAGCUGAUACAAAAUCUAGAUAGCUUAUUAUAGUAAGCUCCCGAUAACUUACCUUCUCGAUAAGAUGUACCUAGCGAUUUAGAGUGGAUCAGUCAAAUAUGUUAUAUGUCUUACGUUAUUUGAAAUUUUAUUUUUCAUGUUAGAUAUUCAAUUUUUUCUAAAUGAUUCAUAACUCAACUGAAUGAGGUCUAAAUGAGAUAUUUCUCUGUAACCACGUGCCACGUAAAACGUGGCACAAAAGUUCCAACUGUGUAGCAUGCUUACAAGAAGAAGUAAUCGUCGAAGGGCUUAUUCAGUUAUUUGUCAUAGUUAUGAUUUUUAUGAUAACCUACAAUAUAAACGCUUCUAGGAGAAGCGUUGCCUAUGAAUUCUACUGGACAUGAGUCCGGGGAGCUGUCUAAUGGCGUCCAGUGUAGAUGAUCUACGGUGCACAAUGACAACGCGUAGGUCAAUGUUAUGAGGCACAGUCGCACACUAUCACAAUAACGUGACGCCGAAGUUCGUUUCAAUCAUAUAUGUUGAAAAUCUUUCAACAUGCCUCAGAAUUACGUAACAGCUACUAGCUCUGCCUUAGUGGAAUGGGUCUGUGGGUGUCUUCAAGACUGUGAAGCUGUGCUUUGACUGCAAAAGAUAUUUCAGUCCAUCUGCAGGUAAGCCUAUUACUGAUAAACAAGAACCUUAAAUGUUCUUUUUAAUUUAGCCAUUUGACAUAAGAUUUUCGUGUUGCUAUCAACAAAUUAUAUCAGUAAAUAGCGUACCAGUAAAUAUUAAAUCGUAGCUAGCUCAGAAGAGGUGUAAUUGAUUUCGUUCUGUUCAUAUUUGCUUCAUGCUCCCUUAAACCUAUUUGGUUGCUUUAAAAGACUUGGGCCUCAUAUGCAGGCGCCAUUGGGCCUUAAAAUUUUGACUGCAUCGUGUGGAUUCAAGCUCGAUACGGUCUCCAACGAAAAGUUUUAUUAACAAGUAGCUCCGUAAGAACUCGACUAUUCGAAUUUACAUUAGUCAGUAAAACGCUAGGACCAAUCAAAUAAAAAAGCUCACUAAUUAGUUAUGUAGGCCGACUGACUUAGCGGAAGACGCAUGGCUGGAGGGGAAUUACAUGCUAAUUAUAAAUGUGUAGAACAAACGCAUGCGGCCUAUUUCAGCCAGCCAUUAUCUAAGAACUGCUUUUUUAACUGCAUUCACUUUUAAUUUCUUCUAUGUCAUAUCCGUUUGACGCAAGCGCCCCAAAAUAGAAAAAACAUAAAAAUAAGAUUUUGCUUAAACGAGCCAAAAUUGCGCAAGAAUUUGGAACUACUGGUUAUCAAAUAAUUUUGAGAACAUAAAUUUAACAUCAUGCUGAUUUUAUUAAAAUAAUUAACUUAUCUUUACUACUUCUACUUUAUGAUGAAGCUUUCAGAUUGCUUGAUGAACCGUCGCAGUGGUAGUGGUAAGGUAAUUAUAAAACGACAAUUUGAAUUUUGACUAAAUUUUUCUCUCAUUAACUCAAAAUAAGUUAGCAUAAAAGGCUACUGUUGUACAAAACAUUAUAAAGUCAAGUAAUUUUUAGAUAAGUCUUUGGACAAACUGUGUAAAUCUAUACAGAUUUUAAGUUGAAUAAAAGAUGAUUAAAACAAGCAAUCCCUUUUCAUGUAAGAUGCACAAGGAAAAAUUUCGUUCAACACCCAACGUAACUUAGAACUAUGACCUUUUUAAUCUAACAACAGGACUAGCCAGGAGCUUUCGAGUUUCAUGUCCUGGAUUGCCGUUGCCUGGUGUUGCUGCGUUGCGUUAGCCGGCACGAAACCUUAUGUGUACUGCUAAUAAUAGUAAUGCUUCUAGUAAAGAUCAGUGUAUAAGCUCAUUAGUGUAUUUAUAUGUAAUUAUAAAAAACACUUUGAAGAUUUUGGUUCCUCACAUUUAUGUACUAACAAACUUUUCGAAGCACGUAUAGGUUGUUCGUAGGGUCGGCUGGUUCGAGGCUUUCAUUGUUUCGAAUUGUACUAAUCGUAUAUGGCUGUAUUCAACAGCUUUUCCACGCACAUCUAUGAGACACUCGUAUCUAAACGUUUGUAGAUUCUAAUUAUUUGGUCUUUGAUAGAAGUGCUAUUUCAAGAUUUCUCUUUCUAUCAUUAGUUAUAUUUUAUGUAAGAUGCUUUCCGCUAAUGUUGCAUUCUUAAAAUCGAAAAAUAUCUAAGAUUUUUUAUUUUUUCCAAGUAAUUUUUCAGGUUUUAAUGGGUUUGUCUCCUUUAGCUGACACUCGGCCCGGAGUGAACCUUUGGUUCUGCUUGUGGAGCUUUUUCGGUACUGCUGCGAAAGCCGUGAAAUGCACACGCCGGGCCUUACUCAUAAAAAUCGUCAUAGAAUAGCUACAUUGUCAACAAAAACGGUCUGCCAUGUUGUCGAGAUCGUUUACAGCAAUCAUCUCAUUGAUAAUUGAAUCUUUCUAUGGAGAAAUCUUUUGCUAGGCUUUGAAACUGAGCCUUUUGAAUAAUUCGAUCCUUUUUGGCCCGAUGGAGAGUUGGCCUGAUGGAGUUCGUGUCCCACUGUCGAGACGUAUUUCGUGCCGAGCUAUGUGACAUAUCAGAAGCUUAUCCGUAUCACAAUGCAAAGGGUUUUCAGAAGCGGUAAUUUUAAAAAUUAGCCAGCUUUGUGCAUCAGUUCUUUUUAGAGUUUUAUCCAAUACUUUCGAUAGAAGAUGUAAUUGUCACGAAUGUUUAAGCAAUGUAUUGUCUUCUACGCGUAACGGUACAUCUCUUCCCACACUCAUAAACUAAACGGUGUGUCGCGGGUUAUAUCUGCCUUUCAAACAAGAGAUGGC